AUGGGGGAGGCUGCGGGCACGUCGCGUGGUCUCCGCGUCUACAAGAUCGUGGUGCUCGGCGACGGCGGAGUGGGCAAGUCUGCGGUCACCCUGCAAUUCGUCAGUCACAGCUUCUUGGACUAUCACGAUCCGACCAUUGAGGACUCAUACCAACAACAAGCUGUUAUUGAUGGGGAACCAGCCUUGCUUGAUAUACUUGAUACUGCUGGACAGGUUGAGUUUACAGCCAUGAGGGAACAGUAUAUGAGGUGUGGAGAAGGUUUUAUGCUCUGCUACUCUGUGACUGAUAAAAGAUCGUUUCGGGCGGCGUCGGAAUAUAAGCGCUUGCUGGCACAGGCGAGACCUUCGGAGACAUUGCCGUUGGUGUUAGUGGGAAACAAGCUUGAUUUAGCACCGAGGUUCAGACAGGUAACCACGGAAGAAGGCAAGGCACUCGCCACACAGUUAGGAUGUCCAUUUUUUGAAACAUCAGCGGCUUUGCGCCAUUUCGUCGAUGAUGCCUUUCAUGCGUUAGUUCGCGAGGUCAGACGGCUUGAGAGACAAAGACAGUCAUCGCUUGUUGGCACAAGCAUAUCCACUGGGGGUGGAAGACGUCGCUGGCGGCGUCUGCGCAGCAUAUUUGCGCUGGUUUUUCGUCGCAGAAGGCGUACCCCCUGA